CAAAAACAUCAACCACAUCGAAGCACAGUCUCACUCCCCACCCUGUAUCUCAUCGAAGUCCAAAUGACCUCCUCUGCACCCACGAUCAUCGAUCUCAAGCUCCGAUUCCUCAACUCCCAAAUCCUCGCGCUCUCCAACCCGCUGUCCCCUUCUUCCACCUUCCUCACAUCCAACUCCUCCGCCGAAGAGAAUGCGCUUCGACAGAAAUCCAUCGACGAAGCACUGCAUAAGCUGAAUGGGCUGUUGAAGAAGCAUAACCGGCUAGCAUAUGGGCCGCAGGCGAAGAGACAUGUUGCAGAGCAAGUGGAUCGGCUGUAUUGGGUUGCGGGCGACAGAGACGUCCAUGAUGAUGGAGAGGAGUGGGCUGAGAAGGGCAUAGAUUAUCGGAGAGAGAACAUUGUUGAACAGUUGCCAGAAGAAUGGAGCGAGGAAGCUCAGACCAAGACGCCGGAACAGGCACAGAAAUACAAGGAGUUGCAACAGAGGUUAGCGGAGUUGAUGGAAAGGAGAAAACAAGCUCGGGAGAAGGUAGAGGGAUAUAAGGCUUUUAAGGGGGUACUGGAUCUGCUGGCUGGGGAGGACGCGGGGGUGCAGCAGAAUUUGGUGACAAAGAACGGCGAGGUUGAGGAAGAGCUGGAGAAGAUGAGGAGGUUGAUGUUGAGGGUUGAGAGAGGUAUGAAUGGUUUGGAGGAGAAGGGUGCUGGCGAUGGAGAUGGAAUGGACGUGGACGAAGAGGGAUUUGAGGAGGGGAAAAUUUUGAGGCUCUUGGGGGGUGCUUAGGCAGGAUGCCAGAAAUGAUUGGUAUGAAGGCCUCAAUGUUGAUUGUACAAGUGCCAUACUCUUAUUCUGCAGUGUUUACACAAAUACUCUCCGACGAAAGCCUUCUCUUCUUUUGUCCCGGCUUCCAGUGUCCAAGUUUUCGUCGAGGCGAUCCGAGUCAACUUCCGGAUGGAGGAACACAAAAGUUCAAAUACAGAUUUAAUCUGCUUUGGAAACUUCGCAACAGUGGGGAGGCCAACAAGACGCAGCAAUCUUGGCCUCUACGAACGGCUCUUGAAUAUAUAGCAUAAAUAGGAAGAGACGUAUUAUUGCCG